UUUCAGAACAGCAGGACUGCUCUUCCCCAGUGCCUGGGCUGUCUCUGGGACUCCGAGACCAACUCUGAGUGCUCUUUUCUUCCUCCAUGAGCAACUUCCCUCCCGGACUCUUUCAUGCCAGCCAAGGUCUUUGUGGCGCCUCGCUUCCUCGGGCUCCUGCCGGGUCACCACCGUGCUGCUGCUCCCGCUGCCUUCAAGGUGGACAUGCAUUUCUCCUUCAGCGAGGAGGACAUUAAGCGGCACCGGCUGCUGGCGAAGUCGGUGAGCUUCGAGGUGGAAAAUGGCCCAUCUCCUGGGCGCAGCCCACUGGAUUCCCAAGCUAGUCCUGGCCUGGUGCUUCAUCCCAGCUUCCCACAGAGCCAGAGGCGUGAGUCCUUCCUGUACCGUUCAGACAGUGACUAUGACAUGUCGCCGAAGACCAUGUCACGCAACUCUUCUGUUGCCAGUGAAGCACAUGCUGAAGACCUGAUAGUGACACCAUUUGCCCAGGUUCUGGCAAGUUUGAGGAGUGUACGUAAUAAUUUCUCCAUUCUGGCAAAUGUGCCCACGCCAACAUCCAAUAAGAGGUCGCCCAUGGGUUGCCAGCCAACAGUUUGCAAGGCCACGCUCUCAGAAGAGACAUACCAGCAGCUGGCCAGAGAGACCUUAGAGGAGCUUGACUGGUGUCUUGACCAGCUGGAGACUAUUCAGACAUACCGCUCUGUCAGCGAGAUGGCAUCCAACAAGUUCAAAAGAAUGCUGAACCGUGAAUUAACCCAUCUAUCUGAAAUGAGCCGCUCGGGAAACCAGGUCUCCGAAUACAUUUCCAACACCUUCUUAGACAAGCAGAAUGAUGUGGAGAUCCCAUCCCCAACACAGAAAGAGCGGGAGAAGAAGAAGCGCCAGCAACCCAUGUGCCAGAUCAGCGGGGUCAAGAAACUCAUGCACAGUUCCAGCCUGACCAAUUCUAGCAUCCCCCGUUUUGGGGUCAAAACUGAUCAGGAGGAGUUGCUCAGUAAGGAACUGGAAUACCUAAACAAGUGGGGCCUUAACAUUUUCCGGGUCGCCGAGUACUCCAACAAUCGGUCGCUCAGUUGCAUCAUGUAUACUGUAUUCCAGGAAAGAGACUUGCUGAAAACAUUCAAGAUCCCUGUGGACACAUUAGUCACUUACAUCAUGACGCUAGAAGACCACUACCAUGCCGACGUGGCCUACCACAACAGCCUCCAUGCUGCUGAUGUCACACAGUCUACACACGUGCUGCUUUCCACACCAGCCUUGGAUGCUGUCUUCACAGACCUGGAAAUCCUGGCUGCAAUAUUCGCUGCUGCCAUUCAUGAUGUGGACCAUCCUGGCGUCUCCAACCAGUUCCUGAUCAACACCAAUUCGGAGCUGGCACUGAUGUACAAUGAUGAGUCUGUGUUGGAGAACCAUCACCUGGCCGUGGGUUUUAAGCUACUGCAGGAAGAGAACUGUGACAUUUUCCAGAAUCUGAGCAAGCGGCAGCGGCAGACCUUGCGCAAGAUGGUCAUUGACAUGGUCCUGGCUACCGACAUGUCCAAACAUAUGAGCCUCUUGGCUGACCUGAAGACAAUGGUGGAGACCAAGAAAGUGACCAGCUCAGGGGUGCUGCUGCUGGACAACUACACUGACAGAAUACAGGUCCUACGAAACAUGGUUCACUGCGCAGACUUGAGCAAUCCCACAAAGCCUCUGGAAUUGUACCGGCAAUGGACAGAUCGGAUCAUGGAGGAGUUCUUCAGGCAGGGAGACAAAGAACGGGAGCGAGGCAUGGAAAUCAGCCCCAUGUGUGACAAGCACACAGCCUCCGUGGAGAAGUCACAGGUGGGUUUCAUAGACUACAUCGUGCACCCCCUGUGGGAGACCUGGGCAGACUUGGUCCAUCCUGACGCACAAGACAUCCUGGACACCCUCGAGGACAACAGGGACUGGUACCACAGCAUGAUCCCCCAGAGCCCCUCCCCGCCUCCCGACGAUGCAGAAAAAGACGAGGAGGCCUGCCUAGAGAAAUUCCAGUUCGAACUGACCUUGGAGGAGGAAGGGGAGGACUCGGAGCAAUCCGACAAGGACCACAGCAGCCCUGGCGAGGAGGACCACAGCUACUACACAGCCGCAGAGGAGCACCAACACGAGUCCCUGGAAGGGCAGGAUGGGCUAACGGACGAAACACUGAAUGGCACAUCUCCCGACACGUUGUGACUGUGGGGAAGGGACAGCUGACAAAAGCAAAACCACACACACACACCAACACACACACACACCGAAGUUUUCACGAGGGAGGGGUGGGGAUAAAAAAACGAGAAAAAACUCAUUUUUUAUUUUUAUUGUAUUUUGUAUAAAAAGAAAAUCAGCAACAAAAAGUGGCAAGGGUGGGUGGGGCAGGGAGUACACACAGCAACUGUAGAACAAGGUUGGCCCAGGCAGGAGGCAGCCGCCUGCUGCUGCAGCGACCGGCCCAAGCACUCCAGGAGUAACCUUCCCUUGAAUUUGCGGUUUCAUUGUCGCUGGGUGCUUGUUUUUCGGUUUGGUUUGGUUUGGUUUCUUCUCAUUUGAUUUUGCUAACUUUUAUUAAAAAAAGAGUAAACAGAAAGACUGGUGCAACCAGGACCAGGAGGAGGGUGCUGACAGUGCGAGGCGUGCAGCAGCCGUGGCAAAGUAGGUGGGAACUCUUGUUUUUUCAAACUGCAUCUUAAGCCAUUUGUCGUCAGGCUAAGCAGAGUCACUGUGGCACCUCGGCACCAAAAGUCAGCAACCAUUUACACCCCCUGUGGACCCAUCUCUCUCGCUUGUCAUGCCAUCCCUGAUUGGCUCGUUAGCCAGUGCCUUUAUUCUAAGGAUGGGGAAUCUCUGGCCUUCUGAGUGUCGGACUACAACCCCCAUCAUCCCUGAAUAUAGCUGGGGUUGAUGGGAGCUAUAGUUCAGUAUCAUUCUGGAGGUCCACAGGUUGCCCAUCUUUGCUUUGUUCCUCUGCCCAUCACAGCAUAACCCUCCUAGCUAGAAAACA